CAGGGACCCUAAUCAAUGGCCUUCGCACAAAAGAACAAACAGAGAGAGAGAGAGAGAGAGAGAGAGAGAGAUUCGACGAACAAUCAGAGAUCGCAAAUUCAGAGAUUCCGUGUUCAGAAACUUACAAUUAUGCUCUGCGAAACCUCCGAUAAUCUCCACCAAUCGCUUCAGAUCAAGCACAACGACAAAUUCUUCUCCAAGCUUCUAACCAGAGAAAGCUCCAGAGCCGAUUACUCUUCCAGAGUCUACUAUGCCGGAUUGGCCGGCGCUGUUCCCUUCGGUUGGGAGUCUCAGCCAGGUACGCCUAUUCACCGAUUUUCCGAUGACCUAACUCCUCCUCUCACUCCUCCUCCCUCUUACUUUUCCGAUUCUGUUAAGAAACCGCCGAAGAAGCGAUCCAAAUCGCUCUCGCUUUUCCACAUCUUCUUUAAUCCGAAGAGGAAAAUCGACGAUCUGUUGUCGCCGCCAUUUUCCAAUUCGGCGUCAUUGCCGUCUUCCGGAUCGAUGUUCGACUCGUCCGCCGGACGCCGUUUGGCGCGACGGUUACCGAGCGGAAUCUCGCAUUCGAAGGAGAAAGCGGCGGCGGCGGCGGCUGCGGCUGCGGCGGCCACCGGUUCGGUACUUUGUUUCGGCAUCGGCAGAUAAUUGGCCGCUGUGGCUGUGAGAUUGAUAAUCUUCAUAGUUUCUGAAUCGGAAUCGGAAUCGGAGAAGAAAGCUUUAGAAUCAUGGUUCUGUUCAUUUGAAAUAAUUAAAUUUGUAAAAAAAAAAUAAUAAUAAUUAAACCUAAAGCAUGUUUAUGCUAGUUUAGCUAUGCAAUUUAAUACAUCUAUAUUCCUUC